UGUGUUUACAAUUGAAAGGCAAGAUUUUAAAAAAAUUAAAAUGACAUCGAAAGAACUGGAUUACAGAAAUAAACUUAUAAUGGCUCCAAUGGUGCGAGUUGGAACUCUUCCAAUGAGGUUGUUAGCAUUAGAGUUUGGUGCUGACUUAGUUUAUACAGAAGAAUUAAUAGAUUACAAAUUGAUGAAAUGUAAAAAAGUUUUUAAUAAAGUUUUAAACACAGUUGAUUUUGUGGAUGAAUCAGAAGGUGACAAUGUAGUAUUUAGGACGUGUGAGAAGGAAAAGGAAAAAGUUAUACUCCAAAUUGGUACAGCAGAUGCAGGAAGAGCAUUAAAAGCCGCAAAAUUAGUGGAAGAUCAUGUUUCUGGAAUUGAUGUUAAUAUGGGAUGUCCAAAAGAGUUCAGUGUAAAAGGGGGAAUGGGUGCUGCUCUCGCGGCAAAUAUGGAUAAUGCAAAGAAAAUUUUAACAACUUUAGUCAAUGGCUUGUCAAUUCCUGUAAGCUGUAAGAUUCGAAUAAGAAAAACGGUUGAAGAGACAAUCCAGCACGUAAAGGAAUUAGAAUCAACAGGAAUUAAAGCAAUUGGAAUUCAUGGAAGGAAUAGAGAUGAACGACCACAGAAUAAACCCCAUCCGGAAGUUAUUAAAGCAGUUGUUGAGUCGGACAUUAAAAUUCCUAUCAUUUGUAAUGGUGGAUCUAAAGAUUUUAUUGAGAAAUACCAGGACAUUAAUCAAUUUAAAGAACUUUGUGGCGCUAGUUCAAUAAUGAUUGCAAGAGCAGCUGAGUGGAAUGUGUCAAUUCUUAGGAAAGAAGGAAUGUUACCAAUUAUGGAUGUAAUCAAGAUGUACCUAAAAUUAGCCGUUGAUUAUGACAGUGUAGCAACAAACACAAAAUAUUGUGUCCAAAACAUGUUGAGAGAACUACAGGAUUCAGUAAUGGGAAAAAAGUUUUUGGAAGCGCAAUUAAUGGAGCAAAUUUGUGAUGUCUUUGAUAUGAAGGAUUAUUGCAAGCAGAAGCAAUUAGAGUAUCAAAAGAAAGAGAUGGAAAUUAGAUUAGAGAAAAAGAAACUAGAAGAGAAUGGAGAUGAACCAAGUAGCAAAAAGCUCAAAAUUGACGAUGAGAAUACCAUAACUGAAAAUAUAGCAUUUGUCCGAGCAAACUAUCUAAAGGAUGUUGAUUUACCAAAAAGUAUACUACACUUAUUCCUAAAAAGAAAACUGAGAAUACAUCCAAAAUAUACGACCGAGCAAAAAGGCUGUCUGUUUAGGUCUACACUCAUGAUUGACACCAAAAAAUAUUCUAGCACAUUUUGGGAGAAAAAUAAAAAAUUUGCUGAGCAAGGUGCUAGCUUAGUCGCAUGUCUUCAUUAUAAUCUAGUUACCAGAGAAGAACUUAUUCAAAAUGGAAGUAUGAAUAUGUUUGAGCUUUAACGUUUUCUGAAUUUAAAUGAAAUUUUAACAAAAAAGAAUUUAUGACAAUUAAACUUUGCUUUUUAUUACUUAACAAACGACCUUAAAUUGAAUUCGUGAUGCUUGUUUUUCAAAAGUCAAGAUACUUUCCUGCCCAAUAUUCUUUAAACUCAUUUUCCAUUUCAUUCAUGUUUUGAAAAGCUCAUACUCUUUAAAGCAUUUAAUUGCUGUAGUCAUUAUACUAUCGAAUUUUAUUUGUGGAACUUAUUUUCUCACUCAUCAGUUGCAAGUGAAGCUUCCUAAAGUGCAUAGAUAUCUUUUA